AUGUCCGAGCUGGCGCGCAUCAGUGCGCCAGCGGUUACCGCAUUGACAAUCCAGGCCACCAAGUCUGGGGAAGCCAUUCAGGUACAUAGAAUCACAGCGGUACCUGAAGAAUGUGGAUCUGCAGUUUGA